UUCCCGACAUCUCGUUGCCCUGACGACAGCAUUGUAAGCUCGCGGUAGCUAGCCAGGGCUCCUGUUUCCAAGGUAACUGGCGCUUUGCGACCUUCAGUUUGCAGCGGUCGCACUGCAGCCCCUGCAAUGGUUGCUGGGCGACAGCGGUGGAGAGAUGGGGAGGCUUGAGGACCAGGGCUGGUCUUGGAGGGGGAGCUAGCCCGUGCCCGGAGGAAGUACUGGGCCCGAGUUGAAGCGGUGCGACCCGGAGCGACCCAGCUGCUCUCCCCUCCGCUGGGCCCAUGGCUGGGGUAGAGUACCCUGUUCCAGCAAGGGCCUCGGCCUGGACCUGGAGGCCAGUGGCGCAGGACGUGCUUCUGGCUCGUGCCUUCCAUUCAUGCACGGAACUGCGGGGGCGGUUCUAUCUGGUAGGGGGUCUCCUAGAAGGUGGUGCAAGAGUGCCCAGCAGCGAUACUGUCGUCUUCGACCCCGCGGGGGGCCAAGCGAUGCGCCUGCUAGGCCGGGGCAGUCCCCCUCGCAGUCACCACGACGCGGCGCAGGUGGGAGGACGCUGGCUCUGCGUGGUGGGGGGCUGGGACGGGUCACGUCGCCUAGCCACGGUGGCCGCGCUGGACACGGAGAGUGGCGUGUGGGAGGUAUGGACUGCGAACCCCGGCAGCUGCCCUCCCGCUGGCCUCAGCAGCCACACGUGCACUCGCCUCUCGGACCGAGAGCUGCGUGUGUCCGGCAGGGAAGGCGGCGUCCGCACGCAGCGACGCUACGGAAGCAUCUACACGCUAAAGCUGGACCACAGGACCCGAACUUACUGCUACAAGGAAGAAGGCAGCCACACGGCCUCCAGAUCUGGUCACUGUGCCGCCCUCCUGCCAACUCCUGGACCCCAUCCCGGCCAUCAGCUAUUGCUCUUUGGGGGCUGCAACUCAGUUGAACCAGAAGUAGCGGGGCAAUGGAGCCAUGGGAAAAUUAAGGAGGAACCACCUGUGGCCCCUCGUUUGACCGAACAGCUUGCAAGGCUUGUGAGCAGUGGGCAGGGGCUACAGCAGGGCCCCCAGAGCCUGCGAUACCAUUCCUGUUCAGUGGUGGGACCCUUCGCUGUACUGUUUGGUGGAGAAACUCUGACCAGAGCUAGAGACGCAAUCUGCAAUGACCUCUACAUCUAUGAUACCCGCAAGUCUCCGCCGAGGUGGCUCCACUUCCCCUGUGCAGACCGUGGACUGAAGCGCAUGGGCCAUCGCACUUGCCUUUGGAAUGACCAUCUUUAUUUGGUUGGGGGUUUCGGUGAGGAUGGCAGGACAGCUAGCCCACAGGUUUGCGUCCUGGAGCUCUUCAUGUAA